AUAUUCAGUAUCUAAAUGUUUAUUAUAUACAUAUCAAUAAUCACAUUUCCUUCACUAGUCUAUCAACCUCACUGCACCAACUCUUUCACAAACCAGAAAUUCCAACCAUAGCCCACCAACACUAAUCUUUCUCUUCUCUUACUUACCACAUUAACAAUGUCCACCAACAUGAUCACAUUCUUCCUAACUUUGGUCUCAUCUAUUGUCUCUAACACCUUAGUUUUUUGUCAAACACUUCCUCCAAGUACUGGCCGCCAAGGCGAGUGGCAUCUUUUGCAUGCAUCCAUAGGCAUAUCUGCUAUGCACAUGCAAGUCUUACAUGACAACAAACUCAUCAUGUUUGAUCGCACCGAUUUUGGCCAGUCUAACCUCUCCCUCCCAAAUGGCCUUUGCCGGUAUGACUCCCAAGACACUGCACUUGAAAUCGAUUGCACUGCUCACUCUGUCCUCUACGAUAUUGACACCAAUACUUUCCGACCUCUUAUGGUUCAGACUGACACUUGGUGCUCUUCUGGGGCUGUUCUUCCAAACGGAACCUUCAUCCAAAUCGGUGGCUUCAACGAUGGUGACCAUACUGUUCGAUCAUUCACUCCUUGCAUCGAUGAAUAUUGUGAUUGGAUUGAGUUUCCAAAUUACUUAAUUGAAAGAAGAUGGUAUGCAAGUAAUCAAAUACUACCAAAUGGUCGUAUUAUUAUUGUUGGAGGGAGAAGACAAUUCAAUUAUGAGUUUUACCCUCAAAUGUACUCUUCAUCUUUAGGCCUUUUCAGGCUAAGUUUUCUAGCUGAAACCUCGGACCAAAGUGAAAACAAUUUGUACCCAUUUCUACACCUUUUACCAGACGGAAACUUGUACAUUUUCGCUAAUACUAGAUCGAUAUUACUCGAUUACAACAACCGUGUUUUGAAAGAGUAUCCUCGUAUUCCCGGCAAUGAUCCUCGCAACUAUCCAAGCUCAGGCUCAUCAGUAUUGCUCCCUCUUGAUGAAAACUUACCCAAUGUUGUAGCUGAAAUCAUGGUCUGUGGUGGUGCACCAAUAGAUGGGUUUAGUCGUGCUGCACAUGGGAGCUAUGGACAAGCACUUUCGACGUGUGGAAGGCUAAAUGUUAAUGAUGAAAACCCUACUUGGGUGAUGGAAGACAUGCCAAUAGCAAGAGUCAUGGGUGACAUGUUGCUCCUACCUACAGGAGAUGUCCUUAUAAUCAAUGGUGCAAGGCAAGGCACCGCCGGAUGGGAAAAAGGUCAUGCCCCGGUAAGAGCCCCCAUCCUCUAUCGCCUUUCUCAACCCCCCAACAGGCGGUUUUCAUUCAUGUCCACCUCCCCGAAACCAAGAUUAUACCAUUCCUCGGCUGUUUUAGUGCCCGAUGGACGGGUUAUAGUAGGCGGUAGCAAUCCACAUAUGUAUUAUAACUUCACUGGAGUUGAGUUCCCCACUGAUCUAAGCUUAGAGGCCUUUUCGCCACCCUAUUUAGCGGAGCAGUACGAGGUGGUUAGGCCGAGAAUUCUGACUCAAAACGAGGUUUUAGGGUAUGGGGAGUUUUCCGCGUUGGUGUUCACGGUGCCAGAGUACUUUUCAAUAAAGUUUUUGUCUGUAAGGCUAAUUGCUCCAUCGUUCACAACACAUUCAUUCUCUAUGAAUCAGAGAAUGGUGGUGUUGAAAUUGAUUGGGGCAACGCGUGUGGCACCAAAUACGUUUGAAGUGACAGUGAGAGGGCCAUCGACGGCUGAGAUUGCGCCGCAGGGGUAUUAUAUGUUGUUUGUGGUGCAUGCUGAGAUACCAAGUUCUGGUGUGUGGGUGAAGGUGCAGUAAUGAAGGGGAAUGUAGUUGUGGUGGUGGUGGUGGCGGCGGCGGCGCUCUCUUAUCCUAAAAAUGUUUAGUUUUGCACUUUAGCUUAAUGCAUGCUUGCUCCAUUAUUUAUGUACUUCAGAAAAAGGGGUUGGAAGGAAGGUGUGUGAUUACUUAAUUAUAGUUAGAAUUUAGUUUUAUCAAAGUUGAAUGGUGUGUUUUGAACUUUUGCUUUAAAUAAAGCAAUAGUAGUUGAAAAAAAAAAAA